UUGAUUAUCUUCAAUGGCAGGAACAGGUUUAGUUUGGUUGGCAGCUUUAGAAACAGCUGGACUCCGAUUCCCCCGGCCGUUAUCGAUCAAAAGAGCAGCAGCGCAAAAGGAGCAAGAAAGACGCUGCACACGGCUGAAAAAGCUUCGGUGGUUGUAAAAUUUUGCAAUCCGCAUUUAAAGGUGACCUUAAACUGGGUAAGUCCGGCACGGAGAACGCACAGCUCGCCAAGAAGUCUGUCGACGCUGUCCAAUGUUUACUGGGUGAGGAUCAGCCAAAGCCCGUGUCCACCCGUAGCAUCAUGCGGGACAGCGUUAAAAACCUAUUGCGCCAGAUUAAGGACCUGCGAGGAGGAGGCAGUUUUAAAAGCAAUGGAAGUAAUGCUGCCGACAUAUCUCAAGACUUCUCCAGUCACGAGGAAAGCAGAAUCUCUGACCGAGAACCCAUCUCGACAGCCUCUGAUCUCAACAGGGUCGACCUGUCAAACGACCCAGACUUUGACCCAUUCCCCGAUGAAGAGGAAAUUUUGACUGGCAACUCGAAAAGGUGCCUAAUCAUUGUCGGCUCACUUUUCAUCGUGUGUUGCCUGGCUUUGCCAACUGCCAUCAUUGCCCAUCACAUGCUGUCCAGCAAGAAUCUCAGUCACUCCUAUGCCGACUGCAAGUUCUUCGGAGACCUCAGGCUGCAGAACAAAUACCUUCGGAAAAAACUGGCUCCAACCAACUAUGACGAAAUAGAAGAACCCUUGGCACUCCCUGUUGAAAAAGAGACGAAAGUUCUGAAGGCUCCCACUGCAGCCAGCUUCUGUACAGGCAUCCCACCUGCCAGAAUGUUUGAUUGCUAUCCUGAGAGUGGAGCGACCAAGGACAAGUGUGAGGCUAGGGGCUGUUGCUGGAUGCCCAGAAGACCGGCCAGCAAGGGAAACCAAGGACUUCAUAAGAGCCUUGAGGUUCCAUACUGCUUCUACCCUCAGAAUUUUGGAGGCUACAAGUAUGUCAAUGUAACGGAAGCUCAAUGGGGUCUCACAGCUUACAUGCAGCGCGAGUUUUUCUCGCCAUACCCUGACGACGUACCCUUGCUUAGGAUGGACAUCAAAAUGGAAUCUAAGGAGCGUUUGCGCAUUAAAAUCUAUGAUCCAUAUCACCAGCGCUUUGAACCUCCAUACCCUGAGGUGCCAAAGGUCAAGGGUAAAGCAUCAAAGAGAGAUUAUGACGUUGUGAUUGACCCUGCUAAAUUCGGUUUCAAAAUUGUGAGGAAGAAGACUAACUGCACAAUCUUUGACACAGCAUCAACUGAAGGUUUCACUUUUGCAAACCAGUUUAUACAAAUUUCCUCCCUUCUGCCAACACAUUUGAUCUAUGGGCUUGGUGAGCAUCGAUCAACUCUGAGACUGUCUACUCACUGGGAACGCUUCACACUCUUCACCCACGAUUCUGUGCCCCAAGAGAGGACAAAUUUGUAUGGAAGUCACCCCUUUUACCUGAUGUUGGAGGAAUCUGGUAAAAGUCAUGGAGUCUUUCUGCUCAACAGCAAUGCUAUGGAUGUCAUUCUGCAACCGGCGCCAGCGAUCACAUUUAGAACCAUUGGAGGAAUCCUUGAUUUUUUCUUCUUCCUUGGGCCCAACCCUGCUGACGUCAUUUCUCAAUACACUGAAGUGAUUGGCAGGCCUUACAUGCCUCCUUACUGGGGCUUGGGAUACCAUCAGUGCAGGUUUGGGUACAAGACACUGGCUAAGACAAAAGAGGUUCUUCAGCGCACUAUUGAUGCUGGCAUUCCUAUAGACACCCAAUGGAAUGACUUGGAUUACAUGCAACGAGGAAAUGACUUUACUUGGGACUCAGAGCUGUUUGCAAAGUUGCCAGAGUUUGUGGACGAUUUGCACAAGGCUGGUCGCCAUUAUGUUCCCUUAAUUGAUGCUGGCAUUGCAUCUGGAGAGCCAAAAGGAAGUUACGCGCCCUACGACAGAGGAAUGGAACUUGAUAUUUUUGUCAAGAAUCAGUCAGGCCUGCCAUUUGUUGGCAAAGUUUGGAACAAAUAUGCCACUGUUUGGCCAGACUUCACAAAUCCAAACACUGUUGAUUAUUGGCUUAAUGAGUUGGGACGUCUUCACAGCCUACUAAAGUUUGAUGGAGCUUGGAUUGACAUGAAUGAGCCAUCAAAUUUUUAUGAUGGCCAAAAAGACGGCUGUCCUGACAACCAGUGGGAAAACCCGCCAUAUCUUCCUGCAGUUCAAGGUGGAAAACUGAGCUAUAAGACAAUGUGCAUGUCUGCAAUUCAGUUUGCCGGGAUGCACUAUGAUGUCCACAACCUGUUUGGCUACACUGAAUCAAUUGUCACCAGUUUUGCAAUGGCCGAAAUCAGAGAGCGGAGACCAUUUGUUAUUUCAAGGUCAACAUUUGCAGGCCAAGGUCACUUUGCUGGGCACUGGAGUGGAGACGUUGCUUCCACCUGGUAUGACAUGCGGAAAACUCUUCCCCAGUUGCUGAGUUUCAGCAUGUUUGGCGUUCCACUCAUGGGUGCAGAUAUUUGCGGAUUCAAUGGAAACACCACAGCCGCCUUGUGCCAGCGUUGGGUGCAACUUGGCGCUUUCUACCCAUUCUCCAGAAAUCACAACACUGAUGAUGGAAUCGACCAAGAUCCAGUUUCUCUGGGUCCAGAAGUAGCUGAAUCUGCUCGUGUAGCCUUGAAGAUCCGCUAUUCUCUUUUGCCGUACCUUUAUGGACUCUUCUGGCAAGCAACUAUCAGUGGUACAACUGUCGCCAGACCUCUUUUCUUUGAAUACCCUCACGACACCCAGACGCACGACAUAGAUGAGCAAUUUUUGUGGGGUUCUGCCAUCAUGUUUGUACCUGUUCUGGAUGAGGGAAAGACUACAGUUUCGGCCUACUUGCCAAAAGGUAGCUGGUAUGAUUUCUACAACUUGCAGCUGCUUCAGGCUGACGUUGGUACCGGCGAAUGGAGACAACUGCAAGCUCCCCUUGGCAUAAUUCCUAUUUUGCUUCGAGGAGGAAAUGUAAUCCCCAUGCAAGCUGCAAAUCUUACAACAACAGACAGUCGGAAAAAUCCAGUGGAGCUCCUGGUUGUUCCUGACGUUGAAGGAUCUGCAUCUGGAAUAUUUUACUGGGACGACGGCGAUUCCUUGAACACUUUUGUCGAAGGACACUACAGCCUGGCCAACUUCACUUCUGGCUGGGGUUGGUUCCAAAGUACCCCUCAAUGGUGGGGUUACCAAGAGAAGUUGACUUUGGGAAAAGUGACUUUCCUAGACGUCGCUUCAAACGUAACUUCGGUCACACUAAACGGAAAGGCUGCAGCGUUCACAUGCGUCUUGGAAAGCAAGCUGCUGAUUGUUCACGACAUAAAUAUUGCUUUGAGUUAUCCCAUUUCAAUCCAUUGGAAGUAGAGAAUCUGCAUUCAAAUGCACAGUGCGAAUGUUGUGGGAGUAAGUAUUUCCUCGCGAGAUAGAGAGCUGCCAGUCGUCUUGACGUUAUUUCAAAACAUUGUCAUUUAUUAGCAAUUAUCUCUGUGCCAUAUUCUUUUUUUUUAAUUUUCAUUUUGAUCAAAACAAAUAUCUGCUCUUCUGUUUUUGAUGUUUGGAUUUGUAAGCAUUCUUAGGCAAGUAAGGAAUCACGAAAGAUCCCAAAAGUGGGAAGUAUGUAGAUUUGCAUGAGGCAGGGAAUCCUGGCUGGCAUAAAGUGUAUUUGGAUCGCUUCAGAUAUUUUGGAAGGAUUGCUAAGCAAAAUUUGCGGCCAACUUUCUUGUAAAAUCGAGAGUAUCUCUUGGAAUUGCACAACUUCUCAUGCACGACAGUUAGACAAGACUGAUAAAUUUUAAGAUUGCACUUUAUGACAGCCCCAAAGAACUGUUCCUGAAUGAAGCUCACUGUUGACCUACUUGAGUAAUAACUUCACAUUUAACAAAUUUAUGAGAUGUUAUCUGUUAAUAUGGUUGUCUUAACACUAUUGGAAAUAAAUGAGUGAGCGUUCUGAUGGCUCUGAAGAUUGUAUACUCUGUGGAAAAUAAAAUACAAUGUUGCAGGGAUAUUGAAUUAUGGUAACUAAUACAUGUUCAAUUUUUAAGAAGCUUUUCAACAAGAAUCACAGUUUGUGCUUUUUGAAAGAAAAUUUUGUUUGUGCACCAUGAGCUGGCUCUGCUGAGCAUUAGGCCAAUUUAAAAACUUGAUUUUAUUCAAAGAAGGGUUUUGAGAUUUUUAUGCAUAUAAUGAUUGAUUAAAAUAGGCCUCAUAGUUUAUAAGUUUUGCGUGCUGUAUACUUGAUUGAAUAAAUUGGCUGCGAUUAUUUUACGUGA